GGCGGCGGGAAUGUAUUUAGAACAUUACCUUGACAGUAAGAUAGUUUUCCUUUUUCAUGUUUUAUUCCUUAAAUAAUUUGUAAUCCUACUAAAUAUCAUGUAAUGGAAUUUGUUGUGUGUAUUUGUUUUACAUGCACGCAUAGCUACUCCCAUAACCAGUACAAGGGCUUGAGGAGACGAGAAGCCCAGUUACUGGUUCAGCUAACGUUACUCCAUAAAAAAGUCCAGAGCGAGGGACAAUGAGCACGCGAUAAAGCUAGCUAACGUUAGCUAAAUUAGCGCGCUUGCAAUCCAAACUAGCUAGAUAGCUAGCUACCAAAACGGUGCAUAAUUGUACCGUUCUUGAUAUAUUCUAAAUUACUUUGUGGUAUCGUAGGGUUCUAUUCAGUGGUAUCCUACGUUUACGUACUAUACAUAUUUAUAGACCAGCGUUGGCAAUUUUAGUAACGUUACGUAACACACACAAGAAGCUAGCAAUGUUGCAGCCCACUGACACUGAUGAUACUGCUGUAUUCGAAUUGGAUCGGUAUAUAACGUAAUAUACUGUACAACACCUUGUUUUUCUAGGUAUAGAAAAUCUGCCGUUUGAGCUACAGAGGAAUUUCACUCUUAUGAGAGACCUGGACACACGGACAGAGGGUGAGACUCUCACACAGAUCUGAUAUUAUGAUUGUUGCUGUUAUCAUAACAAGUAAAUAGCAAACACUUAUCCAGAAUGUCAAGGCUACUGUCAAUAGUCAGUGUGCAUGUAGCCCAUGUGAUGGUUGUACCCACAAUUUACUAUAAAUGAAUGAAUCUCUUUCUCUCAGAUCUGAAAGGGCAGAUAGACUCUUUGGCUCGUGAAUACACAUCAAACACGCACACCCUAGCCUCUGAGCAGAAGCUCUCCCUGCUCCGGCAGAUCCAGCAGUCAUAUGGCAAGUGUAAAGAGUUUGGAGAUGACAAGGUCCAACUGGCCAUGCAGACCUAUGAGAUGGUGAGUAGACCUUAGGAUGGAUACAGUAGACUGGGAAUAGGAGUGCUGCUUGGGGUCCAUACUAGUAAUGAGGAAAGGAAAAGUGCUCUUUGGAGAGAGGGUUACCUCAGGUUGCAGGCAAGCCUUACAUAGUGAAAGAUGUGUUAUAUUUAAGCAAUAAGGCCAGAGGAGGUGUGGUAUAUGGCCAAUAUCCCAUGACUAAUUGGCCAUAUAUCACAAACACCUAAGGUGCCUUAUUGCUGUUAUAAACUGGUUACCAACGUAAUUAGAGUAAUACAAAUAAAUGUUUUGUCAUACCCGUGGUAUACGGUCUGAUAUACCACGGCUGUCAACCAAUCAGCAUUAAGGGCUCGAACCACCCAGUUUAUAAUCUUAAUUAGCAUGUUUGAUGCAGCUGGAAAUGGAAAUGUUGACUAGUCCAGAUUUUGAUGUUGAGCAGAAGUGGACGCACUUUCUGCUUCCACUGUGAUUAGUUAGCCUAGGCAAGCUGAGAUGUCAGUCAUUUCUCAUGUAAUGUGUGAUGUCUCAGUCAGUGUCCUGUUAUUCAUUGUGACCCCUCAGGUGGACAAACACAUUCGCAGGCUGGACACAGACCUGGCCCGCUUCGAGGCAGACCUGAAGGAGAAAAAGAUUGAGAGCACCGACUAUGACUCAACCUCCAGCAAGGGAAUCAAGAGUAAGUUCUGUUCAGAAACUUUGUGACUUUUUACUGUUGUCUCAUUGACGUUCAACCCUAUAGAUAGCUGUGAAUUGGGCCAUGUUCAUUAUGGCAUGUAGUGGAAAACAUUUAGCAAAAACUAAAAUUAGCUUAUUCUUAUUAGACAGCAGGUCCAGGGAGUCCCUCCUUAUAUAAGUCUAUUUUCUUCUGUUUGGUGCUUAAUAAACAUAGCCUAAAGAGUUUUGUGUCUUUUUUCAGGUGAGCUCAGGGUGCCAAAAGAGAAGAAGGUGGCUCGCACGAGGUUAAAGGUGAAGUCAGACGACGACUGCAGCCCCAAGAGCGGACAGAAGAAAGUCAAACUAACACAAGCGUAUGUACCAUUAAAACGUUUCAUAGGCUGAUGCUUUAUACCAGAUAUAAGCCAGACAGCUAAUUUUCAUCCACUCCAAUAACCCCCUGAACCUAACCGAAAUGUGCUGUUCUGGUCUUCUCUCACUCCGUACCUUACAGCAGUCUCUGAUACAGUACAUCCCUUCCUCUCAGUAUUCAUCCCCAUUGUCCUCCCUUGUUGUGUCCUUAGGCCUGAGUUCACAGCCCCUACAGUGAACUUUGGGAACGUCCACCCUUCGGACGUGCUGGACAUGCCCGUGGACCCCAACGAGCCCACCUACUGCCUGUGUCACCAAGUGUCCUACGGAGAGAUGAUCGGCUGUGACAACACAGACGUGAGUCCACAGCUUUCUGACAUUGGUGAUCUAGUGGUACAUGAGCACUAGGUCCAGAGUUGAGGUCAGUUCCCUUUCAAUUCAGGAAGGAAACUGAAAAUCCAAUUCCCUUUUUUUCUCAUAGAGAGAAGCAAUGACAUCACUUCCUGAGAUGACGGAAUUGAAAUGAACCCCAACCCUGAUUGGGUCAACUAUUCACUAGGAGCCAAAUCCUAACCUGAAAUCUGGGCACUAGAAUGUUUCUACAAAAAAUACCACAUUGACAUGAAUCUGUGAUUUUACCAAAAAGUCUGAUUUUAUAAAUUCAAGAAAUGAGAGCUGGCGUUGGAAUGUUUGCACUUAAAUCAAAGAUGAAUCCAGUAAAACCUAAAUAAAGGCUAGUUCCUUUUGGUCCAUUUUGGCCUUAAGAAAUAAACCCACUAGAGGGCAGCACAGCAUUAUAAAAGUCUCUCCCUAUACUAUUGGAAUACUAACGAGAAUGUAUUGUGUUGGUCUCAUUGCAGUGCUCCAUUGAGUGGUUCCACUUUGCCUGUGUGGGGCUGACAACAAAACCCAGAGGAAAAUGGUAAGUCAAAGAAAUUAGGAUAGGAAAAUAAGGAUUUUUCUCCUAUAACAUGGAAGAGAUCAACUCACUGAACAUACCACCAUUUCACUCACCCUUUCUUUUAUCUCUUUCACUCUGUCUCUAUUUCUUUCAUUUCUUUCACCCAGGUACUGUCCAAGGUGUACUCAGGAGAGGAAGAAAAAAUGAACCCACAGACAAUCAUAACCCUAGAGGAAGGUAGAGUUUACAACAGAGGCUUCACCGUGUUUGUAUUGGAACAUGGGAAACCCUUCAUAAACACUAACAUAGACUCUGCAGGGUUUAAUAGGUCACACCGUCACAAAUUGUUUUCAAACGCAAAACCAAAAUGAGCAUUUCCUAUUGGACAAUUCCAGGUAGCCAUUCCCUGUAUCAGUCCGUGUUCUUCAGUUCAGUGUCUAAUGAACACGACCCCCAGUAUUAGGGUCCUUCCGGUCUGCUAUCCUGUAUAAUUCUCUUUGUUAAACAGAAAGAAGCAAUUAUGGACAUUUGACGGAGGUGUCGUUACAGAUGUUCCCCAAUCAUGACUAUUAUGUUGUAUUUUAUUUUAGAACUUUUUGACGGUUGCUUUAAUGCUUUUAUAUGCAGAGUAAUACAGGGACAUAUACCCUUAUUUUACAGCCAGUGGUUGUAGAUGGCUCUCAGCCACUCAGUUGCUUCAUGACAGACUGUAACAGCGACUCCUACUGGAUGCUUUUAUACUGAACACUAUUCAGCCCUGAUACACACAGAUAACAUGUAUCAACUCUUUCAUUCUCCAACUAUUCUCUAUAUUCACCCCUGGUUAUUUCCAGAUCAGACUUUUGGGGGACAGAACAUUUAUUGAUUAAGCAGAGUCAUUGAUGUAGUUGAUAGAUUUGACUCAAAAUGAGAAUAUACAGAUCUAGAUAUGCUAGUUCAGAAUGCUGUCGGAAGCGAACUGGACAGAAUUUCUCUCACAUUCACUUAAACAGCAAUUACCUGAAUUGCAGGUUGUUUGCACAAAAUUAGUGCGCUGGAAAAGUUAUUGCAUAAAGGAAUCUAGAUGGUAACACUUUAAAAAAUAUAUAUAUUUUCAGAUAAAUUGACAUUUUGAUAGGCCCCAUCUCAAAUCAUUCAACAAUGUCCCGUAUAUUUCUAUUAGGAAGAGGCAUAUCUUUGACUGGCUGUGCUUUAUGAAGAGCUUUAUUGAUCAGUACUGUAAGAAUAACCAUUUAAAUGUGCUUAAAAGUAUCGGAGUUACUGGAUACUUUGCUCCGUAUGGUUUGACUGGUGCCUCAAGAAUAUUAUUUCAAGUUGCCGUUUACUUUUUGUAUUCUAAGUGUAAUUGAAUACUGUUUUUGGUGUUUUCCAUUAAGAAAUAAAGCUAAUAAAAAAAAUU